CAACGGUUAAAUAUAUUUAGUUUCUGAAUGAAAUUUUCGUUUUUGUUGUCUGCUCGUUGAAAAUUAUUACAUUCAGUAAACUUCAUACCGUGCAUAGUACUGAUGGAAGAUACGGCUAGUACAACAACAUCUAUUGAUGAUAAGACGGAUGACUGUGGCGAUUCUCCUACUCGAGAUGCGUUAGCUGAAGGUUUAAUGGAACUUUUACGGCCAUCUGUGGAACAGUUAGAUGAUCAUGUUAGACUUACCUUAAUCAGCCAAAAGGAAUUGCGACAGCAAAUAGAAAGUUUGUCUGAAGAAUUAAGGCAAAUCUCAGAAACAUAUAAUUCUAUGUUUGACCUGGAUGUGUAUGUAAAGAAACUAAUGAAUGCUAAGCGUCGAGUCAUGUUGGUCAAUAAUAUCUUACAAAAUGCUCAGGAGCGCUUGAAUCGAUUACAUCAGAGUAUAGCUCGUGAAACAGCAAAAAGGAAGGCUCUUCUUGAAACUAGUCCUACAUCAGUUCCACCAGCAAUGUGAAAUAAUACUUUAUAUUUAGAUCUUAUACAUUCUGAGAGAAUAUUUAAUUUUGGAGUAAGAAAAAUCUGUAUAUACUUAGAGAAUCAUGUACUUAAAAAGUUAAAUCUUUAUUUGUAGGAGCACAUUGAUUUUUUAACUGCAAUUUUUCUGUAUGAUUUUUUUAGGACAUAUAGAAAAUUAUUGAGCUUGUGGUUUACAUAAUCUAAGUGUUAUAUUUUUUUGCUGUAAGAAGAAAAUACAAAUUUUUGUAUAAGUAUUUUAUUGUGUAUUAAUAUUUCAUAAUAGUUACAAAUUGACUAUUCCUUGGUAUUUCAUAUUUUUCUGCUAUUUAAUAUUACUAAUGGAACAUAUCAGAUUUGUACAACAUUUUUAACCCUUUCACUCUUGAACCUACUCAACCACCCAUGGAAAUUCUAUAAAGGAGGGUGAACUGUUUCAAGUAAGGAGUGCAAGGUGUAAAGUGAGGGCACCCUAGAUAAUAACUCGCAUUGCAUUGUAUACCCCUUGUUUGAAACAGAAACCUGUCUGCCAGGUUAGAAUUUGCAUAGCCAGUUAGACCUUGUUACUACUGAAAGGGUUAAAUGUUUUUUUCAUGUAUUAAUUGCAUCUGUAAACUUUAGUUCUGUAUGUUACAAAAUUAAACAUUUUCUAUUUUAAUUUUUUUUUUUUUUUUGUCAAACCCUUCAAGGUACAUUAUGUAAUAUAUAUCUAUAAGAUAUCUAUCCUUUUAUACUGCACUAGCUCAAAUUAGAAUAUUAAAACAAAUAAAUUAUUUAUUAUGUAUAUAUUUUCAAUAUUUGAAGAGAAACUAUUAACUAAGUUUCUGAAAAUUAAUAUAAUGAAACAUAUUUGCACAAAUGAAAGUAAAUUUAUUAUAAUAGUUAAAAUUUAAAAUUAACUAUUUAAAUUGUAUCAAGCUAUGUUGAAUUUCUUUAUUGUUAUAUUUUAUUAUUUGCCUUCAUAGUAUAUAUGUUAAUUAUGCCACACAUAUAAAUUUUUGUGGAAAUGUGUCAUCAAUCAUAAAAUUGUCAAAUCAAUUAUGAAAUUGUCUGCUAAAUUUUUAUAUAUAUUAUAAAUUAAAUUAUGAAUACAUAAAAAAAUAAGAAAAAACCAUUAAAUUCUUUUUAUUAUAGUUUAAAAUUAGUUAUAAUUUAAUAUUUUAUAUAACCAUUUUUUAAAAAUUAGAAUUUUUGUUUUGCUGCAGCCGUCCAUGUCCAGCUUGUGCCUGGUUACAUUUGCUUAAACAUCGAAAAGAUAUCCCACAGAUAUAGUACUUUUUGAAGGGUUUGUAAAAAACUAUUAGUUAUAUUCUUAUGAGACUUUGAGUUUGAAAUGUAUGCUUGUUUACUUUGUUGAAAUGUAUAUUUUCACAUGUAGAUAGAUAAAAAAACAUGUUUCUUUACAGUAUUUUUCUAUUCUUAAAAUCACUAUAGAUUCUAUGUAGAAUGAUAUUAAACUAUAUCUAUCUGCAGUAAAAUUUUAGAUGCCGAACUGAUAACUUCAACGGUGAAGAAAAAAUAAAUAUCAAGAUUUUGAGCUUCCAGUUCAUAAGAGACAUUAAAGUCUAUAUUUAGUAGUUUGAACUAUAGCAGUUUAAUAUUUUCCUUGGUAAAUGGCAAAUAAUUUAAUUUUUUUCUUAUGAUCUGGGAGAAGAAAUAAUAAAAUAUUAAGUUCCUUUCAAAAAUUAAACAUAUAUUAUAAAAAUAUUUGAUCUUGGAAAAGUGUAAUUUAGCUUAUAAGUUAUGGCUAAUUACUUAAAUCAUUCAUCCAUCCAUUCAUCCUAAAAUGUUCCAAAAUAAGUCAAAAGAUUGGUGAUUAAACAAAUAGAACCUUAUACCAUAAUUGUAAUUAGAAUAAUGUGUUCUUUAUAAGUUGCUUAUUUUGUAGAGCUUCAUCGUUUAUGUAACUGAAUAGGUAUUUCAUACAAACGCGUUUUAUUAGAAUGUAUAAUAUAUAUAUAUAUAAUUGCUUUGUAGAAUGUGGUUUCCUUUAUAUAGUUGUUAUGAGAACAUGAUUAUUAGAUAAAUUAUGAUAAUGCACCAUAAUUGAUUAAGAUUACUAAAUAAUAUGUAAUAUUGAAAAUGUUGGAAUUUAAUCAUGGAUUAAAAUAAAUAAAUGUGUUAAAAAUAAAAGUUACAUUACAUUGACUACAUCCGGUUGUUUGAAAAUUAUGGUAGUGUAUGUUUUAAUGUGAGCAUGUUAAGGUAAAAAUAUUUGUUUUCGUAACAUUCAUAUGAAUACUCUAAUUUUCAAUUUUUCUAAUUAAAUCGUCUAUAAAAUUACUUUUUUCUGCUUAUCAACGUGUGUUGAUAAUUCUUUUUAUUAGUGUGCAUGUACAUAUAUUUAAUGUAAAUUUGCAUUCUAUUUUCAUAAAAAUAUUUUUUUGUUCUGAAAUUAUUUGUAAAUUUGUACAUAGACGUUGUUUUUUGAUUUCAUAAGAAUAUUUAAUUUUUAGGAAAUUUAAUUUUUAGUAAGCAUGUUAUCCAAUUGUAUAAUAAAUGAUCUGACAUUUAAUCAUUUGUAACAACUGUUGAAAUUGUCUGCAUUACUCAUAUGAAGUGGAAUUCUGUGGAUUUUAAUGCAAAUUUGUUCUUUCUGCCCAUAAUAUGUUGCUCUCUUCCUGUUGUAAAAUACAAAAUAUUAAAGCAUUGACUUUUAUUUA